UGCGGACUUGUUUACUUUCCAAAGGCACCCACCAUGCGCGUAGUCAUGUUCUUCAUCAUUCUCAUCAUCGAGUUCGGACUUCCUACUCUCUUCAAGACUAUCCACAAAGCAUACGAAUCCCUCAAAUCACUGUUUCGACCGUUUCGUGGUAGUAGCCAUCGCACCAGCAAAAGAAAGAACUCCGUUCACUUUGCUGAGCCCACCAGCCACGUUCGCAUCGUCUACCAAUCCUUCUCAAGAUUCUUCUAAACCUCAAAGCCAAAGCCGCUAUCGCAGCGCCAUACCAUCUCAAGAAUUUGAAGCAAAUUCGUCUUUCAUCGAACCAUCCAAUCUUCUUCACUUUGCAUCCUCCUGCUACACAGCAGCUCCAAAGACUCUUUGUCGCUCUAAAGCAUAAAUCUUCUUGCGCAAGACAAUCACCAAGUUCCUUUCCGCAACAAUGAUGGUCAACGGCACUGAGCCCGUAGAUGGCGGCGGUAAUGACAAUUGGGUCCAGAAGUUCUGGAUCUGGGUCUUCAUAAUCUGGUUCUCUGUCAAUGUCCUCCUUAUCCUCAUCCUGUGGCCAUUUAGAGACUGGUCCGAUUUCCUCUAGUCCAUUUGCGCAUCUACUUUGCGAUGGACCCCUGAUCUUUCGAUCUUUUUUCAUACAACAUCCUUAAUUUGCUUGUCAUAUGCUGUACACUCG